UUGACGAUGAGUCGCAGCCCAAGAAAGUCAGUACACCCUGUGCCAGAAAAGCAAUUAUAUUGGAGGAUGGAGAUGCAUUCCCUAUGAAUGAGUGCGACAAUUGCGCCGGCCAAGGAACCUCAAAUUUUGGUUGAUCCAGGGGCCGGUGUCGAUGAAACAUGAGUUAAUAGGGAAUAGCAUGGAUUUGAAGACUACAUUUUGAUAUUGGAAUCGCAAAACUAUUUGGGAAUAUUGAAAGAAGUCUGACAUGAUUUUUUUGUGUUUUCAACAGGUCCGCAAGACUCUGCGUCCCGCUAAGGUCCGGGAAAGCCUCCAGCCUGGUACCGUCCUGAUCCUCCUCGCCGGUCGCUUCCGUGGCAAGCGUGUCAUCCUCCUCAAGCACCUCGACCAGGGUGUUCUCCUCGUUACCGGUCCCUUCAAGAUCAACGGUGUUCCUCUUAGACGGGUGAACGCUCGCUACGUCAUCGCCACCAGCACUCGCAUUGACAUCAGCAGCGUUGACCAGCAGACCAUCGAGAAGGUCUCUGUCCCCGACUACUUCACCAAGGAGAAGAAGGCCGAGAAGAAGACCGAGGAGGCUUUCUUCAAGCAGGGAGAGAAGCCCGAGAAGAAGAAGGUCGCCAGCGCCCGUGCCAGUGACCAGAAGGCCAUUGACCAGUCCAUCCUGGCCUCCAUCAAGAAGGAGAACUUCCUCGGCAGCUACCUCGCCACCACCUUCAGCCUCCGAAACGGCGACAAGCCCCACGAGAUGAAGUGGUAGAUAUGUGACGCGGCGGCCGCGGGUUCGGUAGUUAUUGUGGAGGACUUAUAUGAGGGUCGGCUAUAAUGCAAAUGGGCAUCCCAUUGUGGGAAGCGUUUGCAGCGUGAGGAGGAUUGGCUCAUGAAAUAUGUAACUCGAUACGGAAUCCGUGUUUUCUUAGGAUUGCGGUUAAUUCGGAAACCCGGUUGUCAUUUCUUCACGAACAGUCCUCCAGCGUGGCCGAUUUGCAGGAUCUAUUAAAACAAAAAAAAGCCGAAAUGUGAAAAAGAAGAAUACCUGUCCAGC